AUGCUGCGAAUCAUUCAAACUCUUCGAACACCAUACCGACUGUCCAAGCUACAAUUGUCAAACCAACUGCGGACAGCUGCAACAACUACCACCGGCAAGGCCGAAGGGACAAUUGCAGACUCUUUCGCUUCUUUAUCUGGUCAGCAGUUCGAAGCACUGGAGCCACGCUUCGCUACGGUAAAGGAAAACCUUAUUCGAGGAAAUGAGCAAGCCGUCAGAGCGUCAUGGGAUAGGUUACUCUUGACUUUGAAAGACGAGGUCCGAGAAAUCAAGCGAUUGGGCUCGUCGAUUGUACCUCAGAUCGACUUCAAAGAUAUCGAAAAUCCUUCCGAGCACUUCAGCAGCGAGUACAGAAAGCGUGGUGUCGCAGUCAUCAAAGGUGCAAUUCCCGAGGCCGAGGCCUUGCAGAUGAAGGAGGAUCUAAAAGAGUACAUCAAGGCAAAUCCUCAGACGAAGAACGGAGGAAGCUGUGAGAGAUGGGAAGAGACUGGUUACGGCAGAGGUAAAGUCUACCAGAAUAUUUGGGAAGGCAACUGGGAACAUUACGAUCCUUGGGAGUCCAGCAGCCGUUUACCUGUCGAGUCGGAUCUCUACCAAGGAGCUGGUGCUUGCAGUGCUUUCAGAGCAGCGCAAGGUUGGUUGAGCUUGUCUCACUGCAGUGCUUUCGAAGGCACUUUGCUUGUCAACCCACUACUCCAGCUUGCGACUGCCUACUUUCUGCUCCGUCCCUUCUUCACACCGCGGAACGGCCCUUCUACUAGCGUUUCGGUAAACGGAGCGCUCGAACAGUCCAACACCGAUGACUAUCUCUCUCCAGAUAACUGGAAGCUCGAGGACGAGCCGAGCUCGUGGCUGCAGGGAGCGAAUCUGGGGCGUGGUCAGGAGCUCAAUGCACUGCUCCACCCUCAUCUCAACCUGCCAGAGACUAUGGUACACAUACCGAAAGUGCAGCCUGGCGACUAUGUGGUCUGGCACUGCGAUGGCAUCCAUGCGGUCGACAAGAUACACGCCGGAAAGAGCGAUUCGAGUGUACUCUACAUUCCCGCUUGUCCACUUACCGAGCGCAACGCUGAGUACUUGGUGGGCCAGAGAGACUGUUUCUUGAGAGGCACUCCCUCACCAGAUUUUCCCGGAGGCAUUGGCGAAGGUCAGCAUAUCGGUCGCGCAGUGCAAGAAGACAUCUCGGCGGUCUCGGGAGUCAAUGGUCUACGUGCCAUGGGCUUGGAGAAAUUCGACGAGAAGACUGGUCGCACGCCAGGAGAGAAAAAGGUCAUGGCAAGUGCGAACCGCAUUCUUGGUUUCAACUGA